AUGGUGCCGGAGACAAGAGAGCACGGUGGUGACAGGAUGUUGGUGGAUCGACAAGGUUCUAUUAAGAGGCAGAAAAUAGAAGGAUGCGCGUCUCGUCCACCGCCGUAUGACGAUGUCGACGAAGAGGAGCACAGUGAAAGAAGCCAGCGUAACAGCGACGGUAGGGCUCAAAGUUGUAGGAGCAAGCUCGGGCCUCUUGAAGGCUGCCCUUAUCUUGAUACCGUGAAUCGCCAGGUGCUGGAUUUUGAUUUUGAGAAGUUCUGUUCGGUCUCUCUGUCAAAUCUGAACGUUUAUGCCUGUUUGGUGUGUGGAAAGUACUACCAAGGAAGAGGGAAGGGAUCCCAUGCGUAUGCUCACAGCUUUGACGCAAGGCACCAUGUGUACAUCAACUUACACACUGAGAAAUUGUACUGUCUUCCUGACGGAUAUGAAAUUAUUGACCCAUCUCUAGAUGAUAUACGGCAAGUACUGAACCCGAGGUUUACCAAGGAACAAGUUGCACAGCUGGACAGAAACAGACGAUGGUCUAGGGCGCUUGAUGGAUCUGAUUAUCUUCCUGGAAUGGUGGGACUCAACAAUCUCCAUGGAACUGAUUUUGUAAAUGUUACGAUUCAGUCUCUAAUGAGGGUAACGCCAUUGAGGAAUUUCUUCCUCAUGCCUGACAAUUAUCAGCAUUGUGGUUCCACUCUUGUUCAACGUUUUGGGGAGCUAACACGGAAGAUUUGGCAUGCUGGAAACUUUAAGGGACAGGUCAGCCCUCAUGGGUUCUUACAAGCAGUUGCGGAAGCCAGCCAGAAAAGGUUUUGCGCAGGCCAGCAAUCUGACCCUCAGGAUUUCUUGGCGUGGCUCCUCAAUACACUUCAUGCAGAGCUUACAACUUCCUGCAGGAAUAAGAAGAAGAAGAAGAAGAAGAAGAAUACCAUAAUCUCUGAAUGUUUCCAGGGAGAAAUGGAGGUUAUCAAAGAGAUUCCGACGAAAACUAUCCCUCAAAAGGAAGACAAUGGCGUUGAGACAGAACAUGGUAUUAAUGUUCUCAAGCAUAAGUCCAGAAUGCCAUUCUUGAUGCUCGGACUGGGAUUGCCCCCGCCUCCUUUGUUUAAGGAUGCGAUGGAGAAAAACAUCAUUCCACAGGUUCCUUUGUUCAACAUACUGAAGAAAUUCGACGGGGAGACUGUCACUGAAGUAGUCCGGCCUCGCUUUGCCCGGACGAGAUAUCGGAUAACUAGAUUGCCACGGUAUCUAAUCCUUCACAUGCAACGCUUUGAGAAGAACAACUUCUUCAUUGAGAAGAACCCAACAAUAGUCAACUUCCCUGUGAAGAACUUGGAACUGAAGGACUACAUUCCUCUGCCAAUGCCUAAGGAGGACAAUAAAUCUGGCUCCAAGACGAUUUGGUACGAGAUGCAGGAUCUACAUGUCUCCGAGACGCUUCCUCACAUGGUGGCCCUCUCCGGGGCAUAUCUACAGAUAUACGAGCAACAUCCAGUAUAG